GAGGUAGAGACCUAGGCAGAGGGAGAAGCAGGUUCCCUGCAGGGAGCCCGAUGCAGGACUCGAUCCCAGGACCCUGGAAUCAAGACCUGAACAGACGCUCAACCACUGAGCCACCCAAGUGCUCAAUCCCAAGUGAGAUUUUAUUUAUUUUUUUAAAAAAGAUUUUCUUUAUUUAUUCUUGAGAGAGACACACAGACACAGGCAGAGGGAGAAGCAGGCUCCAUGCAGGGAGCCCGAUGUGGGACUCGAUCCUGGGUUUCCAGGAUUACAGCCUGGGCCGAAGGCAGGCGCCAAACCGCUGAGCCACCCAGGCUGCCCCAGGCAACCCUUAUAAUACUCGCUACAGCGGACGGAGCACGAGUCCGGUGAUUGGAUCCCGUCCAAAGCUCAACAAACAGGCAUCAAGGAGAUCCAGGCUAGGAUGGGCAGCCCAGUGCACCGAGUGUCCCUGGGGGAUACCUGGAGCACGCAAGUGCACCCUGACAUAGAGAGUGAGAGGCGCAUACAGUCCUUCAACGUGGAACGGCUCAUCAACAUCCUUGAUGGAGGUGCCCAGAACACUGCGCUCCGGAGGAAAGUUGAAAGUAUCAUCCACAGUGACCCAGAGUUUAGCCUGAAGGAUAAUUAUUUCAUGACCCAGAAUGAACGUUAUGAAGCCGCCGUUAAGAGGAAAUUCCACCUGCAGACAAUAGCAAAGCGCCAGGGCUGGUCGGAAGACAGUCCUGAAUUAUAUUACAGUUACAGAACCCUUGCUGGAGACCUGGCCUUCGGUAUACACAGGGUGUUCCUGAAAUCCAUCAAGAGCCUGGGCUCAGAGGAGCAGAUUGCCAAAUGGGCCCCACUCUGCAACGAUUUCCAGAUCAUCGCAACAUAUGCCCAGACAGAACUGGGCCACGGGACAUAUCUUCAGGGCCUGGAGACUGAAGCCACCUAUGAUGCAGCCACCCAGGAGUUUGUGGUGCACAGCCCCACGAUGACGGCCACCAAAUGGUGGCCUGGGGACCUGGGACGGUCCGCCACCCAUGCCUUGGUCCAGGCCCAGCUGAUCUGCUCAGGAGCCCAACAGGGCAUGCAUGCCUUUAUUGUGCCCAUCCGGAGCCUCCAGGACCACACCCCACUGCCAGGAGUCACUGUUGGAGACAUCGGGCCCAAGAUGGGCUUUCACCACACAGACCAUGGCUUCCUGCGACUGGACCAUGUGCGGAUCCCUAGAGAGAACAUGCUGAGUCGAUUUGCACAGGUCUUACCAGAUGGCACCUACCUCAAGGUCGGAUCAUUGCAGAUCAACUACUUAUCGAUGGUGGUGAUGCGAGUGGACCUGCUCUUGGGUGAGAUCAUACCCAUGCUGCAGAAGGCCUGUGUCAUCGCCAUCCGCUACUCGGUCAUCCGCCACCAGUCCAGCCUCCGGCCAAGCGGCCCAGAGGUAAAAAUCCUGGACUAUCAGACACAACAGCACAAACUCCUUCCUCAGUUGGCCACAGUCUACGCGUUCCACUUCCUGGCAAGCGACCUCUUGAAAUUCUUCCACAGUUCCUACAGUGCCAUUCUGAACAGAGACUUCAGCCACCUGCCUGAGCUUCACGCCCUGAGUGCAGGAAUCAAGGCCCUGGUGUCAGACCUGUGCCUCCAGGGGACUGAGUUGUGCCGUCGAGCCUGCGGUGGCCAUGGCUACUCGAAGCUGAGCGGCCUGCCCUCCCUGGUCAGCAGAGUGACAGCCUCCUGCACCUACGAGGGUGAGAACACUGUGCUCUACCUCCAGACGGCCAGGUUUCUGGUGAAAAACUACUUGCAAGCUCAUGGGUCCCCAGGCUCCACAUCGCAGAUAUUUCUCCCCAAGUCCAUUGCAUACCUGACUACACCUUACCAGGCCAGGUGCCCAGCCCAGAAAGCAGCUGACUUCCUCCACACAAAACUCUACACCGCGGCCUGGGCACACGUAGCAGCCAGGCUCAUAAAGGACUCAGCGCAUCACUUACAGACUCUGAUGCAAUCUGGAGCUGACUGGGAUGAGGCCUGGAACCAGAGCACUGUCCUACACCUCCAGGCUGCUAAGGCACAUUGCUACUAUAUCAGUGUGAAGAAUUUUACAAAAACUCUGGACAAACUAGAAAACGAACCAGCAAUUCAGCAGGUGCUCAAACGCCUCUGUGAUCUCUAUGCUUUACACAGUAUCCUGACAAACUCGGGUGACUUUCUCCAUGACGGCUUCCUAUCUGGGACCCAAAUAGAUGCGGUGAGAACAGCCUACCUGAACCUGCUCCUCCUCAUCCGGAAGGAUGCCAUCUUGUUAACUGAUGCUUUCGACUUCAUGGAUCACUGUUUAAAUUCAGCACUUGGCUGUUAUGAUGGAAAUGUCUAUGAACGUCUGUUCCACUGGGCUCAGAGGUCACCGACCAAUACUCAGGGGAACCCUGCCUAUGAGAAAUACAUAAAACCACUAUUACAAAGUUGGAGAUCCAAGCUGUGAAAUAAUGAAGAGCAUUCAAGAGGCGCCACCAUGGGACUAUGAACUAUGGCAUAUAUAGCAUUCAACUUUAAAGUAUACUUCAUAUAUACUUUAUAUAUAAAGUAUAUAUAUACACACACACACACACACACACAUAUACAUAGUUGUUGUUUUUAAAGUAAGCUCUAGGGGCGCCUGGGUGACUCAGUCAAUUAAGCAUCUGCUUUUGUUUUUGGUUCAGGUCCUAAUCUGGGGUCCUGGAAUGGAGCCUUGCAUCAGGAGGCUCCCUGCUCAGUGGAGAACCUGUUUCUCCCUCUUCCCUAUACCCCUCCCCUGUUCAUGCUUUCUAUGCUAUCUCACUGUCUCUCAAAUAAAUAAAUAAAAUCGAAAGGAAGGAAGGAAGCAAGCAAGCAAGCUCACUUGCUCUGAGGGCGGCCUGGGUGGCUCAGAUGGUUAAGGGUUUGCCUUUGGCUCUGGAUCCUGGGAUCAAGCUCCAUGGCGGGCUCCUGACUCAUCAGGGGAUAAUAAUAGCCCUAUUAUCUUAAAAAAAUAAUAAUAAAGUAAGUUUUAUACCCAAUGUAGGACUUGAACUCACAACUCCAAGAUCAAGAAUCACAUGCUCUACCAAUUCAGCCAACCAGGCACCGCCUAAAGUAUAUAUUUUUUAAAGAGGGUCAUUAUCUGAAUGGAUGGAUGAAACAUCUGUGAUUUACUUCAAGAAAAUCUAUGGAAGGAAAAAGGGAGAGUGAAUAGCUGAAGAUGGGGUCAUUCAAGGGGUUCGUGGGUAUUUGCACUACUCUACUUCUGAUUAUGUUUAAAAUUUCCCAUAAUAAAUAAAGUAGUGCUAUCCA